GUCGAGCGAGAUAAGUUGUUAGAGUCGGAUAUUUUAGACUUAUAUCAACACUCAAAUCGAAAAAUGCAGUGCAUUCGUGUGACAACUCCUUUGACAUGGCUACUAAGUGUUUUUGCGAUAAUAAUAGGCUUCUCGAACAUAGCUGCUGGACUUGAAUGCUAUACCUGCAAGGGUAUUAACUGUCAAAGACCAUCGAAGGUCAAUGAGACAACCGUCUGUGCCAACAAAUGGGAUGAGUGUGUUACCAUCUUCAGUGGAUUGAGCGUAAUUGAGAGAGGUUGUUUCACAUCCAUUCCCGAGGAACAUCUUAAGAGAUGUACCGAUGGGCCGAUCAGUAAAGAAUGCCACAUGUGCUUUGGAAAUCUCUGCAAUAAUCGGGGAGCAGCCACGUGUAUACAUUGCAGUGCAAAGAACAACAAAGAAUGCCUGGAAUACCACUGCCCAGUGCCAGAAGGAGACAACACCUAUUGUUAUUAUCGUUCUCUUGCUAAUGGUCGCAGCGAAAGCGGUUGUUUGGCACGCCUCGAGGACCAACUUAAAUGUCAACAAGACAACCAAUGUGAAAUGUGUCUUUCCACCCCGGACAGAGCUUGUAAUGGAGGAAUGAUACCAUCAACGUCCAGUGGGGCUAAUCAAAUUUUUGCAAAUAGUUUGUUUAUUAUUGUUAUAUUUGCUCUAUGUAGUUUAUUUACAAAAUUGUAAAUUAUACAAAUUGAAUACGAUUUUGAUUGAGAGGGUGUGUAAUAGUAAUAGAAAUGAACAUUGUUAAAA